AAAAAAAAAUCUUCAUCAUUGAAUUCAUCAUUCUAUUUGGAAUCGAUUCUAUGCGAAACGAAUAUAUUUGAUUAUGUCUUCAAUAGUUGAACAGAAUCUUCUCUGGAAAGCAUAUCAACAGCAUAAAUCAAUAUUGAAUAAUUGUUCAUUAUUUGAUCUGAAUAAACAACAUAUUGUUAAUACAACAAAUGCAGCUGUUUACGAUGGUAGAAUUGAUUUUGAUGAUGAUCUAAACAAUGGCACAAUCAUUAGUAAUAAUAGUAAUAAUAAUGUUGGCAGUGGUGGUGGUGGUGUCGAAAUCAGCCAUAUUAUUGGAAACAAUGGAAAUAUUGGACCGUGUGAUCCAAAACUUAUGUCUGAUAUUGGUUCAAUCAUAAAACAAUUGGAUUAUUUAAUCAAUGCAAGUGAUCAUCAAAUUUUGGAUGAAUCCAUGAAUGAUACGUCUUCAAUUUUACCAUCAACAUCAUCAUCAUCAUCAUCAUUCAGUAUUAAUCAAGCCAGAUCGGAUCAAUUUUACAUUGAAUAUCCACAUGAUAUGUUGCAUCCAUCCAUGAAUCCAUCUUUUAUGCCGAUUAUCAUCACUCAUACAUUGACAUUUUUGAUUGGCGUUAUUGGUAAUGGUGUGGUCAUUGCAACAUGGUCAAUGCAUGGAAAAUUUCGUUCACCAACGGCCGUAUUUUUAGUCAGUUUAGCAAUAGCUGAUCUAUUAUUAUUAUUGGUAUUUGUACCAUUAGAAACGUUGGAAUAUUUUAUGAUAACAUGGACAGGAUUAAGUUCCAUUUGUAAAAUGAUUGCCUAUGUUGAAGCGAUUUCAGCAAUGUCUACUGUAAUGAAUUUACUUGCCGUCAGUAUUGAAAGAUUUUUAGUCAUUGUAUAUCCAAUGCGGGCUCGUUCCUGGUGUACAAUGAGUUCAACACGUAAAGGUUUAAUCAUCAUAUGGAGCUUUGCAUUUGUAUUAUCGACACCAGUUUUAUUAACCAGGCAUACAAGUCAAAUAACAUAUUAUAAUAUGACUACAUCAUUGACAUUAUAUUAUUGUUUUGAUGUUGAAAAUGAUUUAACAUUUAUUGUUGCCAUUUAUCAAUUAUUAGUCAUGUUUAUAUUGCCUGCAUUGUUUAUGGUUGUUUGUUAUUAUGUUGUCAUAAGACAAUUAUGGUCAAGUACACGUUCAGUUAAUAUGAUGACACAAGCAGAGAAUAAAGCACGGCAAGUGAUUGUGUCAAGAAAAAAUGAUGCUUCUUCUACAUUAUUCUAUCAAAAUAAAUCAACAAAUCAUUUCACUCAAAUUUUAUCAAAUUAUCAACAAAAACAAUCUUGUCAUCAAAAUAUAAAUGAAAUGAAUGAGUCAAAUUUAUCAAGAAUUUCGUCUCAACAACCAAAUCGAAUAAAUGAUGAACAGAAAAAUAAUAGUAACGGCGAUAUUUAUAAACAGAAUAAUAUCAAAACAUUGGCUACAAGUCAAUGGCAACAAAAUUCAAAAAUAAAUAUUGAUAAUGGUGAAGUUGGCAAAAAUAUUGAAAAACACGACAUACACAAUGAUGAUGAUAAUGAAAACUAUUCAAUGACAAGUUUUAUUGAUUGUUUGCCAAAAAUUUCCGAAUCAUCUAUGGGUAACCCAGGCAACAAUGAAAAUAUGUUAAAACAAAAACAUCAUCAUAAUCAUGUAGUAUCUGGUUUAUUAAAAAAUAAUGAUGAUAUGGAUAACGAUGAUCAAAAACAACAAUCAAUUGAUGAUGAUAAAAAUCAUAACGAUGAUCAUUCGGAUACAUUACAAUCAAUAAAAAACAAUUCACAUGAUCAAAUAAAUGAUAAUUCAAUGCGGUCAAAUAAUAAAAAUAAUAAUUCGAUUCAAACGAAUCAUCGAACAUCAUCAUCAUCGUUAUGUUAUAAAUCCUGUUCAAGAACUUUAUCCAGUAAUGUAAUGGAAAUUACAAAAAGUCGAAUUCAAGUAAUCAAAAUGUUGGUUUUGAUCAUAAUUUUAUUUCUAUUAUGUUGGGGACCAAGACUCAUUAUGAAUGUAUUGGUUAAAUCUGGACUAAGUACUUUUUCAUCAUGGAUUUAUAAUACUCGCGUUAUGUGCAAUCUAUUAUCAUUCAUACAUUCAGCAUUGAAUCCAUUUGUUUAUGGUUUUAUGUCAUCGAAUUUUCGUUCAAUGGUUUGCUCAUCGUUUGGUCGUCGUAAACGUAAUAAGAUGGGCAAAAAUAAUCAAUUUCACAGUCAUUUUGAGAAUAAUAAUAAUAAUAAUCGUCGUAUGUAAAAUAAUCAUAUCAGAAUUGAAUUGGAUCUGUAAUGAUUUGAAAAAACAAACCAACUAAUCAUCAACAUUAUAAAGUUUUCAUUAGUCUUCAAUUAGUUUCCAUUACCAUCAUCGAUAUGCAAUAAUAAUGAUUAAAAAAACGGAAAAAAAUUUUGUAAUUGACAAA